AUGUCACAUCGCGGUGAAGCACUUCAUCGAGAUGUCUGCUGUAUUGAGGACCUCAAAAAGCUGGCCUCGAUGAAACUCACCAGAAUGGUGAGAGAUUACUAUAACGAGGGCGCGAUGGACAUGAUCACUCUCCGCGAAAACGAAUCCGCCUUCGACCGCUACAAAAUCCGUCCCCGAAUCCUCGUCAACGUCGACACCAUCGACACAACCACCGAGAUUCUCGGCAGCAAGGUUUCCCUCCCCUUUGGUUUCAGUCCCGCCGCCUCACACAAGCUCGCCCACCCAGACGGUGAACUUGCGACUUCGCGCGCUGCGGCCAAGUUUGGCAUUUUCAUGGGUCUGUCUUCGUAUGCGACGUAUUCAUUGGAGGACGUUAUUGCGCAGGGUAUGGGAAACCCCUAUGCAAUGCAGAUGUGUGUUUUGAAGGACCGGGAUAUUACGAUUCAGCUAUUGGAGAGAGCGGAGAAGGCUGGGUACAAGGCGUUGUUCCUGUCUGUGGAUGUACCUGUACUUGGCAAGCGAUUGAACGAGUACCGCAAUGAGUUCCGUAUCCCGGAGGAUAUGGAGUACCCCAACAUUCUCAGCAGUGGAGCUGAUACAUCUGAUCGUACUAAUUAUGGUUUGUUCUUGAGGGUAUCCGAGUCUGGAUUGGGAGACGGCAAUUCCUUGGCUGCGACAGCAUACCUCGCUGCCGAUUUGGCUCAAAGGAGUGUGCUCCCCGAGGACGUGGAACUGGCCAUUAAGCACGGCAUUGACGGGGUUGUGAUCUCCAACCACGGUGGUCGCCAGCUUGACGGCAUGCCUUCGACUCUUGAUGCCCUCCGGGUAUGCGCGCCUGUUGCUCGCGGACGGAUCCCCAUUACCAUUGACGGCGGCAUCCGUCGUGGCUCUGAUAUUUUCAAGGCGCUGGCGCUGGGAGCCAGCUAUUGUUUCUUGGGUAGAAUUCCCAUCUGGGGCCUGGCUUAUGAUGGACAAGAAGGAGUCGAACUUGCUAUCAAGAUAUUGCGCCAAGAAUUGAGGAUUACCAUGGCGUUGGCGGGAUGCCGUACUAUCCAGGACAUUCAGAAAUGCUAUCUUUCGGUGCUGAAUCCCGACGGCAUUCUUUCCAAACUGUAG